CCGCUCCGACAUCAGUCUCGUUCCGCUCUCAGUUACGGACGCACGCAACUCUCAACGGUCCGAACCCAUGCGCGCCUAGAGUGUCGAGAUCUCUUCUCUCUUCUCUUGGUCCGCGAAAUGUGUCACUUACGCCCACUGCCGGCACGUUGUUACGUUUACGUCGACGUUGGAUAAACGACACGUUGUGUUACAUUUUUUCUACACCAAAGAUGCAACCCCAAGUGGAUAUCUAAAACCUGUGAUUUUGUUCUGUGCUGUUUUUGUUGUUGGGACACCGUGUAUAACCAGAGCUAAGAGAUGAGCCCGUCAAGGAGGAGAAACAGGGCAGGGAGAGCCAGGAAACACAGUGCGAAAAACUGCUACUGUGAGGGUCACUGUCCAAAUGAACAGGUCAAUGGGACUUGCGAAAUCAGGCCAGGGGGCAUGUGCUUUGCAUCCGUUGAGGCUGCUGUUGACGACGAUGGUUAUGAGUACCCCAUAUACACUUAUGGCUGUUUAUCUGCAGAUGAAGGUGGCCUCAUGCAGUGUAAAGGCCACCUAGUGCCUCACCUUGUGCCGAAGUCGAUCCAAUGCUGCGAUGACACCAACCAAUGCAACCGUAACCUCAAACCGUUCUACCCAGAGCGACCCACCACGGAAGCGCCCACUUUCAACCAGUUCAACAACCUCCCCUACAUAGUCCUCCUAACCUCAGUGACAGUCUGUCUGACAAUCUUCCUACUGGUAAUCGCCAUCAUAUACAAGAAGUACAACAGGAAAGAUUUCCAAAGAAAACACAACCUAUGCCCCAAGAAUUAUCCUGUCAAGUACCCCAACAUGGAAGUGCACGGUCCCCUAUCGAACCUUCUGGACCAGUCUAGUGGUUCCGGUUCAGGCCUCCCCAUCCUUGUCCAGAGAACAAUCGCCAAACAGAUCCAGAUGGUGCAAUCCGUAGGCAAGGGAAGGUACGGAGAAGUCUGGCUGGCCAACUGGAGGGGCGAGCAGGUCGCUGUCAAGGUGUUCUUCACCACCGAAGAGCAGUCUUGGUUCAGGGAAACCGAGAUCUACCAGACGGUACUGAUGAGACACGAUAACAUCCUGGGUUUCAUAGCGGCAGACAUCAAAGGCACCGGUUCUUGGACUCAGAUGUUGCUGAUUACCGAUUACCACGAAAACGGAUCCUUGUACGAUUACCUCCAAACACAUGUGUUAGAUCCAAACUCCUUGCAUCUGAUGGCCACCAGCAUAGCCAGUGGACUGUCCCACCUACACACAGAGAUAUUCGGAACUAGAGGCAAACCUGCCAUAGCCCACCGAGAUAUCAAAAGCAAAAACAUCCUGGUGAAACGCAACGGAGAGUGUUGCAUUGCAGAUUUCGGCCUAGCCGUCAAGUAUCUAAGUGACACAAACGAAAUCGACGUGCCCCCAAACAUACGAAGUGGAACUAGACGAUACAUGGCCCCGGAGAUCCUCGACAGAUCCAUCAACGUGAAGAGCUUCGAGGCUCACAAGAUGGCCGAUAUGUACGCCUUCAGUCUGGUCCUGUGGGAGAUGUCCAGGAGGUGUGUCACAGGGGAUAAGAUCUCGACAGCCGAUGAAUACUGUGUGCCAUACCACGAUUCUGUGCCUAGUGAUCCUGACUUUGAUGACAUGCUGGACGUGGUUUGUGUCAAGAAGAUACGGCCGAAGAUACCGCUGCGUUGGGAUUCGGACGAGGUGUUGUUGACUCUUUCAAAGGUGAUGCAGGAAUGCUGGCAUGCCAAUCCUGCUGUCAGAUUGACGGCGAUGAGAGUGAAAAAGACACUCUGUAAACUCGACACCGAUACUAGUAUAAAGAUUGUCUAGCCGUUAGUGUGUAUAAAAAGAGCUGUACAAAUAACUAUUAGGUUUGUUUCACGGACUUGCGAAAGACGUGAGACAUUUUAUUGUGUUUUUUAUCCUCUACGAGGACUUUUUGUUGAUAUUCGUAAUUUUAUUUGUUGAUCCUUUUGCCAAAUACCACUCACUCAAUGCCCGUACAAUAAUAACUAACAUUUCUCACUUUUUGAAGUACCUGUUCAAAAUAUAAACAAUUUCGUAAUAAGAAAGUCAACUUUCAAUACUCUUGACGAUAUAAUGAAUUUUAUAGCAAUAUUUUUUAAAAUCCAACAAUAAAUAUCAGUAGGAUAUUAAUGACAACACCAGUUUAUUGGAGCAAAGUAUUUAAAAAUACAAGAGAACAUUGAGUAAGCAUGUGCUUUAUUAAUUACUGAAAAUGUUUUAUAGUUGGUCCUUCUUAGUGAAAUUCCAAAUUUUGAAUCAAGGAAAUACAUUGGUGUUUAUUUCUAUUAAUGAUAUAAUUAUUUUUCAUGGAUACUUUCUAUGCUUUAAAAAAGUUUUUUGUACAGUAUCUUGCAGAGUGUAAAUAGUCCCAGUAAAGAAUUGUAUAUAACUGUCCAUAGAAUGAUAAUGAUAACAUUAAGAUUUCAAAGUACCUAUUCAACAUACAAGUCAAAUCGACAAUAUUUAUUAGACAAAGUACGAAACAAAGGCAAACUAAAGCAGGCACAAUGAUUUGAAAUAGUCCAGAAGUCCAUUUUAGUUAUACUUGAUUUGUUAAUUACUUUGAAUAUUUUUCAAUUUGCAGAGUAUAUUGUUUUAUUGAUUGUAUCUGAAACGAUGCUCAUUUAUUUAUGCCAUAGCAAUAGCUAUUUAUUUCAUUCCUAUUUCAGUGCCAUCUUCAGGUUGUUGUGCCCCUCAAAAAUAGUCUAAACGAAUCAAAUGAAAAUUGUGAAUUUUCUACGAAGUUUGGUGCUCUUAUAACAAUCUUGAAAAAAGAUAAAAGGAAUUUCCGAAAUAGAAAAGAUAUUUGCCAGUAUUUUUACAAUCGAGGAAAUAUUGAUGUACGAACAUUGUGAAAAAUAUUUUCAUUGUAAUUAAGCUUUAAUUAUCAAGAUAAAUUCCUGGCGAAUUCUCUUCUGUAGUAUUCAUUACACUUGUUACUACUGCACUUUUAAAAUCAUUCAAUUAUGUUUGAAAUUGCUCAAUUUUGGUUCGCCUAAAACAUUUUUCUUUCCGUUACACAUUGUUUCGUUUUACAAAACAUAAUUUUUCCUUGUAUCCCAUUUUUUGUCCAAAUAGGCCGAGUGACUGUUAGAAUGUGCAUUUAUGUUUGUAAAUAUUAUUAUAUCGAGACCUUUUAUAAUCCAACUGGAUGAAUUUUUGAAUGUAUUGAUGGACGUCAGUGAAUGAGAUAACAUAAAUCGCAAGACUGAUAUAAUUUUGAGUGUUUAUGUUUGUGUACAAAAAAAUUAACAUGUAAUAAAACUAGUUUUUAGAAGUUUCA